ACCACAAAGCAAACUUAAACACUCAAACCCAUCAAAAACCAAAAAAAAUUUGCCUGUUCUUUCAAUGGAGGUGCUUAGCACGAUCAAUCUCUUAGCACUAGCUCUUGUACUCCUUGUAGUUCCGAAGAUAUAUGGAGCUUGUCGGAUCCUUUUUUGGCGGCCCUUGAUGCUAUCAAGAAGAUUCAAGAAGCAGGGAAUCUCAGGUCCAAAAUACAGGAUCUUGCAUGGGAACCUCCGCGAGAUUAGGAAGAUGAAGAAAGAAGCUAAGCUCACGGUUCUUGAUCCAAACUCCAACGAUAUCGUCCCUCGCGUUUUACCUCAUCUUGACCAAUGGAUAUCUCAAUACGGGGAGACGGUUCUCUACUGGCAAGGAACAGAGCCAAGGUUAUGCAUCUCAGAUCAUGAGCUAGCGAAACAGAUCUUAUCGAACAAAUUUGGUUUCUUUGCUAAAUCAAAGACAAAACCAGAGGUCCUUAAACUUGCUGGUAAUGGACUUAUCUUCGUGAAUGGUCUUGAUUGGAUUCGCCAUAGACGAAUCUUAAACCCUGCAUUCUCCAUGGACAAAAUCAAGAUCAUGAACCAACUGAUGGUGGACUGCGCUUUGAGGAUGUUCGAGGAGUGGGAAAAACAGAGGAAUGGUGGCGAAUCCGAGCAAGUGGUGAUGAUGAACAGAGAGUUCAAGAGAGUGACGGCUGAUAUUAUAGCGACCGCUGCGUUUGGAAGCAGUUACGCGGAAGGAAUUGAAGUGUUCAAGUCACAGAAAAAGCUGCAAAAGUGUUGUGCUGCUUCUCUUACUGACGUCUAUAUCCCUGGAAUCCAGUACUUUCCUACGCCUUUGAAUCUUCAAAUAUGGAAACUUGGUUGGAAAGUGAAUAACUCCAUCAAAAGAAUCAUAGAUGCGAGGCUAAAAUCGAAAUCCAAGGAUUACGGAAACGAUGUUCUGGGAAUCAUGUUAACAGCUGCAAAAUCUAACGAGCCUGAUAAAAAGAUAAGCAUUGAUGAGAUCGUUGAAGAAUGCAAGACGUUCUUCUUCGCAGGACACGAGACAACAGCGAAUCUAUUGACAUGGAGUACGAUGUUGCUAAGCUUGUACCAAGACUGGCAAGAGAAGCUCAGAGAAGAGGUUAUCAACGAAUGCGGUAAAGACAAAAUCCCAGAUUCAGAGAACUGUUCCAAACUCAAACUGAUGAACAUGGUGUUUAUGGAGUCGCUUCGUCUGUACGGACCAGUGUUAAAUGUGCUACGAUUAACAUCAGAAGACAUGAAAUUAGGAGACCUAGAGAUCCCUAAAGGCACGACAAUAGUACUCCCAAUUGUGAAGAUGCACAGAGACAAAGCCGUUUGGGGAAGUGACGCCGACAAAUUCAACCCUAUGCGGUUUGAAAACGGCGCUACUCGAGCCGCUACUCACCCAAACGCUCUCCUGGCGUUUUCGAUCGGACCAAGAGCUUGCAUUGGCCAAAACUUUGCCAUGAUGGAAGCCAAGACAGUUCUCGCCAUGAUUCUUCAACGUUUCCGCCUCAGUCUCUCCGGCGAGUAUAAGCAUGCGCCUGGGGAUAACCUCACUCUUCAGCCUCAGUACGAUCUACCUGUGAUCCUUAAACCUAUCGACGGUUGAAAUAAGUGCUCUCUUUGUAUAAUGGACCUCUGUGGGCUAAAUAUUAAACUAUGAUAUUGGGCUUAAUUAUAAUAAGAAUCACUUGCGCGGUUGCCCCAGACCAUAAA